CAUCUUCUCAAUAGUUGAUGGAAGAGGAAGAGAUGUUGAAAGAAAACAUGGCGAAAAAUCAUCCUCUACUUUGUAUGAUAGUAGGAUUGGGUAGUUUGAUAACUAUUCAUGUUUAUGGAGAGAAUUCUCAAGAGGGUCCGUCUCUUGAUGGUCAUUACAGUGAACAAAUGCAAAAAAUGCAAGCUUUAAAGGCCUCUUUCAUGCGUCCCUCAAUCUCUCUUUCCCCAAACUUCGCUCCACCAUCAUUACAGGCUCCAAGUAGUACGCGUUUAUAUCGCGUCACAUCAUAUAGAGCAGAUCCUACGGGGAAAACAGACAGCACUGAAGCACUUAUGAAAGCAAUAGCAGCCGCGUUUGGCGGCCCAACGGAAGGGUUCUUGAUGGAAGGGAUCAAUAAUCUUGGAGGUGCACAGAUCAAUCUUGAAGGUGGAAAUUACAUGAUCACAAAGCCCCUCCGAAUGCCAAAGAUCGGAGUUGGAAACUUUGUUAUAUAUGGAGGGACAAUAAGAGCAUCGGAUGACUUUCCCAAAAAUGGGUAUCUGAUUGAUUUAUCAGCUUCAUCAGCUGGCCAAAAUGAAGAAACCAAAGCCAGCAGUGACACUGAUGAAAACCUUUCCUCUUUCCAAUCCCCCUAUCACUAUGAGUAUGUAACCUUCAGAGACCUCAUGUUGGAUUGUAACCACAGAGGUGGAGGCAUUAGUGUCAUAAAAUCACUUAGAACUAGCAUAGACAACUGUUACAUUGUCCAUUUCAGUUCCAAUGGAAUUUUAGUCCAAGGAGGUCAUGAAACCUCUAUUAGAAACUCCUUCAUCGGCCAACACAUCACCGUUGGUAAAGAUCCUGGCGAAAAACACUUCUCUGGCACCGGGAUUAACUUAAUGGGAAACGACAAUGGAGUCACGGAUGUGGUGAUAUUUUCUGCUGAUAUUGGUAUACAGAUUUCUGGGCAGGCUAACUCACUGUCUGGUGUGCAUUGCUACAAUAAGGCAACAGGGUUUGGUGGUACUGGUAUUUAUCUGAAGGUGCCUCGUGUGACACAAACCCGGAUUGUAGAUUGUUAUAUGGACUACACUGGUAUUGUCGUGGAAGAUCCGGUUCAACUCCAUAUCUCUAGCAGCUUUUUUCUUGGGAAUGCAUUCAUUAAGCUGAAAUCAAUAAAAGGUGUUGCCAGUGGUGUCAAUAUUGUUGACAACAUGUUUUCUGGCGACAAUGGAGGGACUGAUAUCGUUCAAUUAGAUGAAUCGAUAGCAACCUUCGAGCACAUUGAUCAAGUUGUGGUUGAUAGGAAUAAUGUGAGGGAGAUGAAAAUGAAAUCAACUCUUGCUAGAGGUUCACUACAUGCGAAUGGGAAUUCAUGGACCAUUGAUUUUAGUCCAGUUCUGUUAUUUCCUAACCUUAUUAAGCAUGUUCAGUACACAUUUAGCACAACUGGCAGCGGCUUGUUCCCUAAUCAUGCCUUGCGGAGUGUGUCUGAAAAUCGCGUUGUGAUUGAGUCAGAUGUGGAGGUACCUGCAACUGUUUUUGUUACUGUUGACCAAGGUGUGUGGCAACUGGCGAGUAGAUGAUUAGCUUGAGUGAUAGAUACUUUGACAAUUACAGAGCUGAAUCUGGAAUUGUGUAUAGAGUUGAUUCUUAGACCUGUGGUCUUUUACUGAAACAUUCAGUCCACCAACAUAGUAAACAUUUUCAGCACUCAUAUCUGAUGCGAGGGACUCCUCUUGGUUCUGCAGUUCUUGUAGCAACUAGUGCUGUAUAGCAUGAUAGGAGGGUAAAAAAAAAAACUUGGAUUCUUUUGCUGCACAAUAGAUCUUUUGUUUGCAAUGAAAUGAAAGGAUCGAUACACAAUUAAUGGUUUAAUACAUGGGCAUGUUAACCAUUAGAUGUACUAAUCAACAGUCCAAUGUCACAAUAACUUGCCUUCAUUGUCUUAGCAUUAAUACCAAGGUUAAUUAACUAGUAUUUUUGUGUGUGUCUCUCCAUGUACUCUCCUUCUCUUUGAAUUUGAAUACAAAUCUGAUUCUUUUUUCAAAGAAUGAGUAGAAUUUUCUGUAACAACUUUGUUGACCAAUUUCAUUUUGACUUCAAAUUUAUUCUCUU